AUGUGUAGCCAUUUAUUAAAAUUAGCCUCGRACAUAGUUGCUGCUUUUAGGCACUCUCCAAAACGAACAAAUGCUUUAGAAAACAAAAUCAGCGAAUUAGGACAAAAAAAAUUGUGUUUAAUACAGAGAUGUCCGACUAGAUGGAAUUCUAGUAUGGAUAUGUUAAUGCGUUUACUAGAACUUCGGCCAGCUAUUAUACGACCAAUUGUUAAAAGCCUUAUAGAAAAGCAUUUAAAACUCGAAGAUACAGACUCAACACUAGCAAUGGUGUUUAAAGAAACAGUGUGUAAUGAACUACGUCGGAGGUUUAAUAUUGAUUUUGAAGAAGAAAAUGGAAUUGCAGCAGACAUUUAUUCGGAAUAUAGGGAAGUAAACAUAGCACAAAUUGCAAGUUUACUAGAUCCAAGGUACAAGAAUUUACAAUUUGAAUCAUCAGAUCGUAUACGAGAAAUUAUUAAACAAAAAAUUCGUUCAAAGAUACAGUCAAUUAGAUAUAUAUCUGAAAAUGAAAACACCUCAAAUACUAAACAAAGUACAGUAUUAGAUGAUUUAUUGGGGAUAGUUCCACUAAAUUCUGAGGAUGAAUUUUCGAGGUACUUGGCUGAACCACAAAUUAAUCAUAAUGACGAUCCGUGUUUGUGGUGGAAAUCGCGUGAACUUACGUUUCCUUCUUUAUCUGUUCUCGCGAAAAAUAUUCUUUGUAUACCGGCUUCUUCGGCAUCUUCAGAACGUGUUUUUUCUACUGCUGGAUCAAUUCUAUCCCCAAAGAGAAAUAGAAUGACUCCCUUACAUUUAUCAGCCCUG